AUGUCUACAGACGUGGUGGCUGAGGCCAGUGCCACCGUGCGCGACAAUGGCGCGGUCGCAGUAACCACAGCGGCCAAGACCGACCUCAUUCCUCGCCACGAGAAGGAGAGAAUGAAGCGCUUACGCGAGGCCAAGAAGGCUUACGGCCGUGGAAAGGCAAUCGACACCAAGAAUAUUCGCGACAAGAAGCUGCGCGCGAACAUGAAGCAGCUCGAAGGCAAAUAUCACGAGGCGGCCGUCAAGGCCAAAGAUGCAGAAAUUCUGCUCGAACACACUUCGGGCUUCCUCGAGGCCGAAGGCGAGAUGGAAAAGACAUACAAGGUCCGCCAAGAAGACAUCCUUCCCGAGGUGGCGAUGGAGACGGCGACGAAGCGAUUUGAACUCAAACUAGACGCCCUUGGCCCAUAUGUCUUUGACUACUCCAGGAAUGGUAGAGAACUGCUCCUCGGCGGGCGUAAGGGUCAUGUCGCGACUAUGGACUGGCGUGAAGGCCAACUUGGUUGCGAGAUUCAGCUUGGCGAAACCGUCCGUGAUGUCAAGUGGCUGCACAACAACCAAUUUUUUGCUGCGGCGCAGAAGAAAUACGUCUACAUCUACGACCGCAACGGAGUCGAAUUGCAUUGCCUUCGCAAGCACGUCGAACCUACACAUAUGGAAUUUCUGCCCUACCAUUUCCUCUUGGCCACAAUUGGAAACGGCGGCGUUAUGCGAUAUCAAGACACCUCUACCGGCCAACUCGUGGCAGAAAUCCCAACAAAACUUGGACAGCCCGUCUCGUUGGGACAAAACCGCUACAACGCGAUCAUGCAUGUCGGGCACCAGAACGGUGCUGUCACAUUGUGGUCGCCCAACUCACAAGAGCCGCUGGUCAAGCUGCUCGCCCACCGUGGCCCGGUGCGCUCACUGGCCAUGGACAGAGUGGGCCGCUACAUGGUAUCAACAGGACAGGAUCAGAGAAUGGCCGUGUGGGACAUAAGAAUGUUCAAGGAGGUCAACAGCUACUUCACUCGACAACCUGCCUCAUCGGUGGCCAUAUCCGAUACCGGUCUGACGGCCGUGGGCUGGGGCACCCAAACGACGAUAUGGAAGGGCCUGUUCGCCAGCAACGCCGCGGUCCAGCAAAAAGUGGAAAGCCCGUACAUGGCAUGGGGAGGCGAGGGCCGACGCGUGGAGCGCGUACAGUGGUGCCCUUUCGAAGACGUGCUCGGGCUCGGGCACGACCAAGGCUUCUCGUCCAUCAUUGUGCCCGGCGCCGGCGAGGCCAACUUUGACGCGCUCGAGGCCAACCCGUUCGAGACCAAGAAGCAGCGGCAGGAGGGCGAAGUCAAGGGCCUGCUCAACAAGCUGGCGCCGGAGAUGAUCGCGCUGGACCCCAAUUUUGUCGGGCAGCUGGACCUGCGCUCGGAGGCGCAGCGCAAGGCGGACCGCGACCUGGACGCACCGGCGACGGACAUUGCCGAGGAGAUCCGCAACCGGGCCCGCGGCAAGAACGGCGCGCUCAAGAAGUACCUGCGGAAGCAGCGCAAGAAGAACAUCAUCGACGAGAAGAGGAUGCGCAUCGACGAGAUGUGGAACGAGCAGCAGAAGCAAAAGGACAAAAAGCGGCAGGAGGAGGAGCAGGACCUGGGCCCGGCGCUGGCUCGCUUCGCACGCAGGGAGUAG